AUGAGCUUUCUGGUGCCACCUCUCCUCAAGAUCAAGGAGACAGGUGCUUGGAGUUCUCCAGAGACAAUGACUUGGAAUCGUCCGGCUCUAGCAAGUAGUCAGGCCCUCAAGUGCAAGUCAAAAGACCCCUUUGUGUGGCCAGACCCAUCACAGCUCUCCCGGGAGCAACUGGAAGAGUAUUUGGAUGAGUGCAAUGUUCCACACACUCCAACGGCUUGCCUCGCACGGUUGAUUGGAAGCUAUAAUUUCCUAUGCUCCAGUCUCCCAAUCCUUGGUGAACAGCAGCCAUCCAAACACCCUAAGGCUACUCAGUCUGGUUUGUGGUCAUCUUCAUGGCUACCACGCAGAAGAAGUCAAUGCAGAGUCAAGUCAGGCAGUGACACCAACAAUCAUGGUUUAGUAUAUUCUUGGCCUGACCCACCUUCCAGUCCUCCCGUCUCUGCAUCCUCCCAGUUGCUUCACCUCACGGUCUACAGCAUCAUCGUCCAAUUAUCAGCCAUCUGUGCCAUCAAGUGUGGUUUCAAGUGA